AUGGAGGACGACGAGGAGGAGAUCACCGCCGCCGCGCUGCGGGGCAAGCCCCGGCCGCUGCCCAUCUCGGCGCUGUCCGCCUUCAGCUACGUCCCUCCCCGGCGCCAGGACCCCAAGGAGCACAGCUACUACUACCGCCAGGGCUGGACUGGAAUCAUUUCUCUGUAUGACUGUGUUUUUAAGAGGGAUCCAGGUUAUAAUCAGAAGUUACACCGAGAUGACAGAGAACACGCCAAAAGCCUGGGACUCCACAUUAAUGAAGAGGAGCGCGAGCGGCCGGUGGGGGUGCUGUCGUCUUCGGUCUAUGGGCGGCGCAUCCACCAGCCCGUGGAGCCUCUGAACCGCGACCACGGCCGCGCGGGCCACGUGAAGGCCGACUUCUACCGGAAGAACGACAUCACCAGUAUCAAGGCGCCCGGCUUCGGGCACAUCUCUCCCGCCUGA